AUGGCCACCGCCAAUGUUUCCUGUGCGAAUGAGAUUCCGUUCCUCAUGUUUCUUCAAACAGAUGUUUCUCUGCUCAUUUGCGCCGUUUUAAACUGCUUCUUUGCCGCUACAACCACGGUGGGAAAUUUAUUGAUUAUUAUCAGCAUCUUUCGCUCUCCAGCUUUGCGUUCGACGGCAAAUUUUUUGCUUCUCGGCUUAGCUAUUGCUGAUUUUGGAGUAGGCGUGGUAUUAGAGCCGCUGUACAUUACAGUCUUGCUCAAACUUUUCAUGGCUUCGCCUGUCAGUUGCACCUUGGUAGUUUCUUUCACAUCCGUUUCGUCGUUUCUGGUUGUAACUUCCAUGUUUGCCGUCACGGCCAUCAGCCUGGACAGAUACCUGGCAAUUCAUUUCCAUUUGAGAUACAAGGAAUUCUUCACGGAGAAAAAAGUCAUUUAUCUGCAGAUUUCUCUGUGGAUAACAAGCGGACUUCUCACUUUAACAAGGAUGGCGAGUUUUAGAAUCUACCUUGUUAUUGCUUUAAUCAUUGUCAUAGUUUGUCUGAGUAUCAUUUGCCUCGCCUACUGUAAUAUUUUUCUGGUUUUGAGACGGCAUCAAGUUCAGAUUCAAAAUCAAAUGCGCACCACAGAUAGAAUAAAAAACUUGAAGCAAUUGCGAAGCUCGGUUGUAAACACAUUUUACGUAUUUUUCGCACAUCUAGUUUGUUUCUUGCCAUUCGGUUGCCUGACUAUAAUCGCUAACACUUCACGUACACGAAGCAGAGCCGUCAUGUUACUUAAUUUGCUCUCCACGUCUAUUAUUUUAUUUAACUCAUCUUUAAACCCUCUCAUUUACUGCUGGCGCCGACAAGACUUUCGAGAGAAUGUUAAGCAAACUUUAAAAAACCACUGCUGUUUAUGA